AUGCACUACUAUCUCCUGAGCGUGUUCAUGGUCCUGGAUUUGGCCCCAGUGGCUCUCCCCCUGUCUACCUGCAGUGCCUUGGACAUGAAUCAAUUUAUGCGCAAGAGGAUUGAGGCGAUCAGAGGGCAGAUCCUCAGCAAACUGAAGCUCAACAGUCCCCCAGAGGAUUAUCCUGAACCUGAGGAAGUCUCCCAAGACAUCAUCGCCAUCUACAACAGCACCAGGGACCUACUGCAGGAUAAAGCCAACCAGAGAGCCACAUCAUGCGAGAGGGAGAGGAAUGACGAGUACUAUGCCAGGGAGGUUUACAAAAUAGACAUGCUGCCUUAUUACUCCUCUGAAAAUGUCAUCCCGUCAAACUAUUUCAGUCCGUACUUCAGAAUUGUACGAUUUGACGUCUCUGCGAUGGAGAAAAACGCUUCUAACCUGGUCAAGGCCGAAUUUAGAGUAUUUCGUUUACAGAACUCAAAAGCACGGGUCUCGGAACAGCGAAUAGAACUUUAUCAGAUCCUUAAGUCCAAAGACUUAACGUCACCAACUCAGCGUUACAUCGACAGUAAGGUAGUGAAAACAAGAGCCGAGGGAGAGUGGUUAUCAUUUGAUGUCACCGAGGCUGUGACUGAGUGGCUCCGUCAUAAAGACAGAAAUCUUGGAUUUAAAAUAAGUUUACAUUGCCCUUGCUGCACCUUCGUACCAUCAAAUAACUAUAUCAUUCCAAACAAGAGUGAAGAGUUAGAGACGAGAUUUGCGGGCAUUGAUGAUCCAUACAUGUACCCUGGUGUGGACUACAAAAAUCUAAAGAAGAAACAUGGCAGUCGGACCCCUCAUCUUCUGCUAAUGUUGCUGCCUUCAUACAGACAAGAGUCGCAGCAAUCAAGUCGACGGAAGAAGCGAGCCCUAGAUGCUGCCUACUGUUUUAGAAACGUCCAGGACAAUUGUUGUCUACGUGAGUUAUAUAUCGACUUUAAGAGAGAUCUUGGCUGGAAAUGGAUACACGAACCUAAGGGCUAUUACGCUAAUUUUUGUGCAGGAGCCUGUCCAUAUUUGUGGAGUUCCGAUACUCAGCACACUCGGGUGCUGAGCCUCUACAAUACCAUCAAUCCCGAAGCAUCUGCCUCUCCGUGCUGCGUGUCGCAAGAUCUGGAAUCGCUGACCAUAUUGUACUACGUUGGGAAAACACCAAAAAUCGAACAGCUCUCAAACAUGAUUGUAAAAUCAUGCAAAUGCAGCUAGAAAUGACAUAACAGGCAUGUGCUU